GUAAGUGAAAAAAUACCAAGAAAAUACAGACAAUAAUAAAAAAAAGUGUGCGAAAGCCCUAAGAAAGUCUUACAAUUGCUAGCUUAUAUUUAAACAUGGCAGCCUUAUCACAUCCCAAUUAUGGAUUUCAUUUGGGUGGCCAGGGCCUAGAUAUGCCUACACCCGGUGAUUAUGCUCCGCAAAGCACCAUCAGUCCCUCCGAUAUGGAUAUAAAACGUGUUAUGCAUUUCUCACAAACUGGCAGCUUGGCCGCCAUAUCCGCCGCCAUGGGUGGUUCUCCUGUGGGAGGACACAGUGCCAGCAAUGGCAAUUCCAUCAUGGGCACCGCUAGCAUGGGCCAUAUGGCUGCCCAAAACCAUCAUAACCACAAUCUACACAAUCACAUGCAAACCCCGGUGGGCCAGCAAACUUUAUCGCCCAAUUCUUCUAUAGGCUCUGCGGGCAGUAUUGGCAGCCAAGGUUCCCUGAAUGCCAAUGUGCAUAAUCUACACAAUUCCUCCAGCCAAGUGGGUCAUCAUCAUGCUCAUCCUACUUCUCCUGGCCAAGAGGGUCACAUUAAACGUCCCAUGAAUGCCUUUAUGGUGUGGUCUCGCCUGCAACGCCGUCAAAUUGCCAAAGACAAUCCCAAAAUGCACAAUUCCGAGAUCUCCAAGCGUUUGGGUGCCGAAUGGAAACUGUUGGCCGAAACCGACAAGCGUCCCUUCAUCGAUGAAGCCAAACGUUUAAGAGCCCUGCACAUGAAGGAACAUCCCGACUACAAAUAUCGUCCACGUCGCAAGCCCAAGAAUCCCUUGACCCAAGGUCCCCAAGCAGCUUUGCAAAUGCAAGCCAAUUGCCAGCAGAAGAUGGGUAACAAUGGUGCUCCCGGUUCGGGUGGCUACAAUCCCUUCCAUCAAUUGCCUCCUUACUUUGCGCCGUCUCAUCACCUGGACCAGCCCUAUCCAGUGCCCUACUUUGGUGGUUUCGAUCCCUUGGCUCUAUCCAAAUUGCAUCAGACACAAGCCGCCGCCGCCGCUGCAGCCACAAAUCAAUCACACAAUCAUCUGCAUCAUGAAGCCCAAAAGGCUUCCCAACUACCUCCCACCACCUUAAGCAGUUUCUAUUCCGGCAUUUACUCAGGCAUGACAGCUCCAUCACUGUAUGCCGCCCAUUCCGCCAAUGCAGCAGCUGCCGGUCUUUACAAUUCCUCCUCCACCUCCUCGCCGGGUUCUUCGCCGGGCAAUGCCACACCCAAUGGCAUGGACUCGCAAAUGGACAAUUUGAGAAGACCUGUACCCGUGUUAUAUUAAACCAAAA